UUCGAUGUGCGAAUAACCUGAUAAACGGUAAACGAGCGAGUUAGAAUUUUUGAGUUGAAAAAAAAUAUACAUUAGUAUAAUAGAAAAAAAAUUAAAGUGAAAAUUUAAAUCAUUAAAAAUAGCCAGAAAUAUAUGCAAACGGUACUUUCGCGUCGGUAUCAAUUGAAUUCGUGCCGGUCCGGUUCGGUAAAUAAAAAUUCAUAAAAAGUUGCUUGAAUAAUUUAAUAUACAUAAUUCACAUAGCAAUUCCGUGUCUGUUUGUGACUUAUACGCCUUAGCAAAUAUUUUGAACGUAAAGUAAUCAGAAUCUGUGCUCGAGCAGAGUGGUGGGUGUCGAAAGUGAAGCUGACCAAGCGCUAACGUAAGGAAAAAUUAGUGCAAACAAAACGAAUGAAGCCAUUGGAAAAGUCGAGUGACAACGUAAAUAAAAAAAGUCAACAAAACCAAGAGGAAAAAGGAAGUUGAUGUGAAGUGAAUGGGCUGAAAAAAGUUUGUAAAGUGAAUUGGAAAGUGAAAGCAAACAUACAAGCUUGGCAAUAAAAGUCGCUUUAUUCUCUAACAAAAAAAAAAAAAAAUAAACGAAUUGCAUUAACAACUACAAUAAUAAUAAAACCACAACAAAAAUCACGUUAACGAUAAAACGGCAUUUCCGUUCAUCGAAAAGUUAAAAAAGCAUAAAAAGUCCAACUGCGAUUCGAAACGGUUAAUCGAUAUAACUGUAUCAAUAUCUGCAUACGCGCAAAUUUCAAUUGUUUGCUUUACAUACAUAUGUAUAUGUGUAUAUGUAAGUCUCAUUGUGCUAAUAGUUGAGUCUGUGCGCAACGCCAUCCUCUCGCUUAUCAUUUGUUUCGCACGCAUGCACACCAGCGUGACACAACAAAGUCACGAAAAUCCUUUGCGAUCACCGUGUCCAGCUGUGAAGGUUGGAAAAUUCACGCCCAACUGCACCAAGGAUUCAACAAGUCGAAUUGCAAAUGUUCCCUUUCGUUUUAUUGCUUUAAAAUUGAAAUGUUUUAAGAGCUCCCUGCCCUAUAUAUAAAAAUAAAAAUAAAAAUACUUAAAAUAAAUAUAAAACAAAGGUAAAUGAACUAUAUACACACCUAUAUACGCUGACUACAGCAGUUAUAUUGUGAAUUUUACUACAACAACGGUACAUACACACUUUGCAUUGCUUUUGCUCAAGCUCUUUUGGACUACAUUUAAAAUUCAAAAUGUACGGCUUCGUUAAUUACGCUCUGGAGCUGCUUGUGCUGAAGAAUUUCGGCGAGGAAAUAUGGGAUCAAAUAAAGAAAAAGGCGAUGGUCAGCAUGGAAGGUCAAUUUUUGGUACGACAAACAUAUGAUGAUGAAAUCACCUACAAUCUUAUUGGCGCUGCGGUGGAAAUUUUAAAUAUACCAGCGGAUGAUAUAUUAGAACUUUUUGGCAAAACCUUUUUCGAGUUUUGUCAAGAUUCAGGUUACGAUAAAAUUCUGCAAGUGCUUGGCGCCACACCGCGUGAUUUUCUCCAGAACUUGGAUGCACUGCACGAUCACUUGGGUACCCUUUAUCCAGGUAUGAGAGCACCUUCCUUCCGUUGUACCGAAAAAAAUGGCUCUCUACUGCUACACUACUACUCAGAGAGGCCUGGGCUGGAGCACAUCGUAAUUGGUAUCGUUAAGGCUGUGGCGUCGAAAUUGCAUGGAGUGGAAGUAGAAAUUGAGAUCGUUAAAAGGAAAGGUGAUCCUAUCGAUGAAGAGGACCGUACAGAUGUGUUUACACAGCAGCAGCAACAACAAAGCCCACAACAGCAGCAGCAGCAGCAACAACAAUCGUGCAGCACAAUAGCAAGUGGAAAUCUGCCAGAAGAGAAUAACAAUCACAAUAAUACCAAUAAUACCAGCAAUAACAAUAACAACGAAACCGAUGCAGAUGAUGAUGAUGAUGUGGUUGUGUUAUCAGCCUCAGAUGUUAGCAAUAAAAAGCAAGCUCGUUGCCCUUUUGGCCGCACCAAGACACUUUCAACCUCCUCGAUGAGCAGUAGUGGCAAACAGGCGGACAGCUUUGAUGGCGACCCAGACAAGCAGGAGCAAAAAUGUUUACGUUUACUCAAGAACAAAAGUGACGACAUCGAACGUUAUGAUCAUGUACAGUUUCUCAUACGUGAAAUCGGUACUAGCAGCAGCAAUGCAACAACAACUACAACAACAGGAGGUGGAGGAGGAGGAGGAGGAGCAACAGCCACAACAUCAUUAGAGUCAUCGGCAAGCGGUGGCGGCGAUGAACAACGUACGAUAGCCCUAUGCAAGGAGGAGGCCAAGGAGCCGCCGGAUGAAGUUGAUUUUUUGUGUGAAGGUGAGGAAGAGUCUGAGUGUGCAAGCACUAGUACCGCUAGCAAAGAUUUAGAUCUGCCGGAUGAAGUGUAUUUUAUGAGCGAAGCGCCGCUUAUCUCGCCCGCCACAUUUUGCAAGGUGUUCCCAUUCCAUUUGAUGUUCGAUCGACAGAUGAAAAUUGUGCAAGCCGGCAAAUCCGUCUCGCGCGUCAUACCCAGAGUUGCGGUGGAAAACUGUUCAAUAUUGGAAGUGCUCGAGGCCAUACGUCCGCAUUUGCAGUUGACGUUCGAAAAUAUCUUAUCGCACAUCAAUACGAUUUAUGUACUGCAGACGCGUCAAGGAGCAAUGGGCAAACACGAACGUUAUCUGAGGUUAAAGGGUCAAAUGAUGUAUAUACCAGAAUCCGAUCGUAUAUUAUUCCAAUGUUAUCCCAGCGUUAUGAAUUUAGAUGAUUUAACGAAAAAGGGUCUGUAUAUUUCUGAUGUGCCGCUGCAUGACGCCACCAGGGAUUUGGUGCUGCUAUCGGAGAAAUUCGAGGCUGAAUAUAAAUUGACAAAGAAUUUGGAAUUACUUACCGAUAAGCUGCAGCAAACCUACAGGGAUUUGGAGAGCGAAAAGCAGAAGACCGACAGGCUGCUCUACUCGGUGCUGCCCAAAUCGGUGGCCAAUGAGUUGCGACAUCAACGCCCAGUGCCGCCUAAACGUUAUGAUUCGGUUACGUUGAUGUUUUCCGGCAUUGUUGGUUUCGGCAAAUAUUGCGCUGAGAAUACGGACGCGGAGGGCGCUAUGAAAAUUGUAAAAAUGCUGAAUGAAUUGUAUACCGUCUUUGAUGCGCUAACCGAUUCGAAGCGAAACCCAAAUGUGUACAAGGUGGAGACUGUUGGCGACAAGUAUAUGGCUGUUUCUGGUCUGCCCGAUCACUGUGAGGAUCAUGCCAAAUGCAUUGCCCGCUUGGCCUUGGAUAUGAUGGAUAUGGCAAAGAAUGUUAAAAUGGGUUCGAAUCCUGUGCAAGUGACAAUUGGCAUACACUCGGGCGAAGUGGUGACCGGCGUUAUCGGCAAUCGUGUGCCACGCUAUUGUCUCUUCGGCAACACGGUAAAUCUGACAAGUCGCACUGAGACCACGGGUGUGCCCGGACGUAUCAAUGUCAGCGAGGAAACUUAUCGAUUACUCUGUCAGGAGAUUAACCAUGACGAUUCGUUCAAUCUCGAAUACCGUGGUCCAGUCGUGAUGAAGGGUAAGCCGACACCAAUGGACUGUUGGUUCUUAACACGCAACACAGCGGCGACAGCAACACGCGUUAGCGUUACCGACUCACCACUACCACCAAAUACGCCGCCACCACCCUCAUCAGCAGCAACAGCAACAUCAACAGCAACAGCAGCAGCAAACUUAAGUUCGCCCAGUGGCAGCGACGCGGCAGCAAAUGCUUGUGGCUCGAGUACAACCACUUUCGCUGGCACAACUGUGUCAGCAGCUAUGCAGUCAUCAUGCACAACAGAUGCGACGGAUGAUAAUAUUGCUACAAGUCAAACACCUGCGGCUACAACAAUACCAACAGCAACAGCAGCAGUGCCAUCAAACACAUUUUCACCAACAUCACCUGUAUCGUCAUCCUCUUCGUCGGCUGUUACCGUGGCAAGUGGCGGUAUUGCAUCCGCCGGUGGUACAGACGCCAACACCAUUCAACCAGCAGCUGUUACGACACCACCUGCUGAAAUGACAUAGGAAAUGUGCAAUGACUCAUCCUGUUGCUGCUGAAAUAUACUCUAAGUACAAGAGCGCAGGUAGGCCAGAGGGGGAGGGGGAGCGAAACAGCGUAUUGAAGAUAAACGGCAGCAAGGAUUGGUGUGUGGGGAGUUGCUUGUGAGAGUGAGAAGACACAUUCAAAUUUGUAAAGUGAGCUUUGGCAGAGAUUGAAUUGGAUUGGUUUGAUGUGGCGCAAGCAGUGUGUUGUGGAUUGCAAUGUUUUGCUGUCACAUUAUCAGCUCAAAGCAGUGGAUGGAUUGACGGAGCACACAAAAGGAAAGUCCACAUACAUAUAACUAUAUAAAACACCUUUCAACUGCAAACACUCACUCUUGUACGUACAUAUGUAUUUUAUAUGUAGCUAUGUAAUUUAACAUCAGAAAAAUAAUUAAUAUAUUUGUAAAUAGUGAUUUCAAAAGCAAAGUACCCGUGCAAUGUGAGGAAUUACAUAAAUGUUUCACUUCUUUUUUUUAAACUACACUUGCAACCAACUGCCUUCUCAAGUGAGUUCAAACAAACAAAAUAAAAGUUAUAUUGAAUUUGGUAGAUAUCCAAAUGUAUAUGUGUAUAAUGUUCAAUCAUGAUUUAUACAUCCUACACUAAAGACUUUCAGAAAAUCUGAUGGCUCACUAUUGUCGGUAACAAGAAAAAGAAAUAAGCCUAUGCUACCCUACUGCGGCAUUGUUUUUAACAUUAAUUUUCAAGCGUUUAAGUAGAGCGAAGUGUGGUUUUAGGCGUAAUAUUUCUUACAAUACUGAGCCAAUGAAUUUUUGGCGUCAGCAGAGUUACAAGGUACCUAACCAAUUAUUUAUUAGAAAAAUAAAAUAUACAUAAAAAUUCAUAAAUUUUGUUCCAACAAUUUUCCAAGCCAAUUUUUUUCUCUCUAACCAAAUAACGGGUAUGUUAAGAAUUUUCAAAGGUUUCUUCAUAACUAAACGCAGAGAGCACAAAAAAUAUAAAAAACAAAGAAAUAAAAUAUAGCAAUUUUGAUUGAAUUUCAACUAAAUCUACGUCUAAGCAACCAAAAAAAAAAAAAAAUUAGCCAAAUUUUAAGCAAAUGUUUUGAUGUAUGUAAAUAUACAUGUAGCUAAAUUGUAAACUUUUUCCAAACGCAAAAACAUUAAACUUAAAGCAAAUAUUCUAAUUGGAGCUGAUCUAUGAAGAAGAAAACAAGAAGUGGAAAAUAAAAAAUAAGAAGAAGAAAAUAAAAUGAAGAAGAAAGUGAAAUUACUACUGUUUAUAAGUACACA